UCAAGGGUCGAGACGGACCUGAUCUCAUUGCUGUAGUACUAGUAUUUUUCAAAAUGAUGUAUUGUUUGGAUCGGUCCUUCUUCAUUCUCUAGAGAAUUACCUCUGUCGAGUCGAAGGGAUUGAUUCCUCAAAACCCUCAAUCACCGCGCGCUCAGACCUACACUGUCGAAGCCCAUCGCGAGUGACCCCGGGGUCCACGUGGGUGUUGUUUUGAAGCGCCGCGACAUAUGGGCGUAGGAGUCGUUGACCGCCAUCCCGUCCGAUGAAGCCCAUUCAUCAAGCUAACUAGGGACUGUGGUCGCGGUUGGUGGUUGCUGAGAAGCUCGCCCCUUGAAAUCGGGCGUUGCAGAAAGGAAAACAAUAGGAUUUGAACGAAAGCACGAAACCUUCGCCUGUGUACCUCGUCAAUCACCAGAAUGAGUCGUCCGGGAGGCAGAAAGCACCUUCAUGCAAGGUCCCACUUGCGACGCAGGCUGGCCAACCAGCGAGAGAUACGCCAGCCGCAGCUCGUGGAGAGGAGUCCGGAGCGGGAGGCGAGAAGCGGUACAGUCAGCAAGACCUUUCAGCCCAUUCAACGAGUUGCCCAUUAUGUCGGCUCUUUCCCGGUACCUGACUAUCAGGACAGCAACGCUCAUGAGUUUGUACGGGAGAAGAUGAGCCAGCUGAUCAUUGACGAGAAAUAUUCGUCUGGAAAGCCCAUCAAGCUGUUCAUCCUACCGACCGGUGUCAAGGUCUACCAAGUGGAUGGAGAGACAUUGUUCAUGGCACAUGCCCUACCGCGUAUACAGUUCACAGUGCCGCUCAGCGAGAGGUCGCUCUUCUCCUUUGUGGCCGUCAAUCCUCCGAACAAAGGCGGCGAAGCAUUCUGCCACUGCUUCCAGUGCCACAAAGCUGAACUGGCAACGGAGAUCAGCACACUGGUAAACAAGUCGUUCAAGCUGGCCUACGCAGCGCGCAUGUCAAACGAGAAGAAGUUCGAUGAGCACCGGCCCCCGGCUGCCAUGCCUUCCGGCCAAACCAGCACUCUUAAACCCGGCCAAGCCAGCACUCUCCAACCCGGCCAACCGGCCAGCACUCUCAAACCUGGCCAGACCGGCACGCUUCACACGGGAGUAUCGCCGCCGGCUAGCAGGGGAACACUAAAGGCACCAGCCAAGCCACCGCGUAAGCCUGGAGAGAUACGCUACUCGAAGUCCAGUGUCGAGGGCGUGCGACCGACCGUUCAGCGUCGAAUCUCCGAAGGCCUGCCGUCGUACUCCCCGCAGAGUAGCCGCGGCAGCGACGAUGGAGACGAAAGCAUCGAGUCAGCGCAACGCGAGGUGCAGCUGGAGAAAGAACGCCUCCUGGAGAUGAAGAAGGUCAUUGCAAAGCGGAGAAGCGACCAGGUGACAGGCAAGGUACCAAUGGGACCAAUACCACCUCAGCAACAGCAGAAGCCACAGGACGCACAGAAGCCCCAGCAGCCCGGUCCUUUGCCACCUAAGCCUAACAAAGGCCCACCUCCUGCCCUGCCUGAAAGGCAUGUGGCCCCGGCAUCAUCAUCAUCAGCAGCAGCAGCAUCAGCAUCAACCCUCUCUCUAGCUAGUGUGGCGAGCGUAGCCCCUGGUAUGUCAGCCACGCUCGCACCACCUACUUCGGCCGCAGCUGCAUCCAGGCAGGCGCUGGCCAACCGUGCCAGCUACCACGGAACCAGCAAAGUCCAGGGAGGAAUGAUGAAACGACGAGCAGUGAAAAGCUCGCAAACAAGCGGAGCGCCAAAGCCCAGCCUGCCACCGCGAGAGGUCCAAGACGUCGUGGCGCGAUCGCCAUCGUCCAGGAGCAGCCUGCGAAGACCGAUCAGCGUUGCAGCCAUGCCGUCAGCCACACUGGAGCCGCCCAGGCCACAACCGAAAACCCGCCAGCCGCCAUCACCCGAGGCAAAGCCGGCGAUGAGGUCCGUGUCGGAGCCGUCCACGCCAGCCGUCGACAACGACUACGAUUUGGUGGAAGUACAAGACCCGCGUUCGGCUGCGCCACCCCAACUACCCAAGACCCCCGUUGUCGUGGACGCUGACUAUGAUCUCGUUGCAUUCGAUGAUCCACCGCCGGCGCCCGUAGCGCUCGAGCAGCCGAAACCCAAGCCGAGGAAGUCCAUACGCCGGGGAAAGCCCGAGAGUAGCAGCAUUAAGGUGUCGUACAAGGACGACCCGAACGUGUACGACGACGUUCCCGAAGAGGCCGAUGAGGAAGAACUGGCCCCGGCACCAGUGCCGUUCAUGGAGCCGAAGAAACCGCAGCGCGUGGCGGGCUUCGACGAGCGCGUCCGAUCGAACUCGAUCGAUUACGGCGAGAUCUCGGAGCCGCGCAUGAGCAUGAGCAUUAGUGCUGCACCUGCGCCGGCUGAUCCCGGUGUCAUGCUGGACGAUUAUGAAUUCAUGGCCCAGCAGCCCACGCAGGCGGCCAUGUCCAGGCACUCGAGCACCAGUUCAACGUACAGUCUGCCACCCGACCUUCCGCCCGACGAUGCCGUUAGUGUGGACGCGGAAGCCGCCGAAAUCGAGGACCGGCUGCGGGAGCUACAGCUGGAGGAGGAAGCACUGCAGGAGGCAGAAUGGUUCCAGGCGGGCAUACCGAGAGAGAUGGCGAUGGAUAUCUUGCGCAAGCAGCCCACCGGUGGGUUCAUCGUACGCAACAGUCGCUCGUCGCCGGGAUCGUUCUCGCUCACCGUGAAGGCACCCAGCAGCAAGUUGGUCAGCUUCCUGAUCCGCAAGCACCCGGACAAGAGUCUGUACACACUGAGCGACAAAGGUGACCAGGUGUUUGCCGACUUACCAUCGCUACUCGAGCAUUACUCCAAACACAGCAGCGUUCUGCCAUGCCUCCUCAAUUCGGUGAUCUCGAAUCCGGAGAGCCACUCAUCCAGUAUGGUGAUGGAUGACGACGAUUAUGAGCACUUUGCGUUCACGCCAGUUGAGCCGUGGCCUGCAAAGAGAUGAGCUAGACAGAAGAAUUGACCGAGUAUAAGCGUUUGGUGAACUAGCCUUUCAAUGGGACACCCAAUCCAUUCGAAGGGCUCGCCAUGCUACGUAUGACAUUAUUCUAUUCAGUUUCCAGAUAUUCGUUACCAUAGUGAUAUCGGGGUCAUGCUGACUCCGGAACAGGUGUGCACUCCGAUUGCUGUUGACACUUGGGAGAACUGCAAUGUUCAGAUAAACCCUAUGUCAACGUUCAUUCGGCAUACUUGCAGACUAUUAUCUUACUUGUGAAGUUGUACAUUAGUAUUUUCAGACCAAACACUCUCGAGUGGCCACAGCUUGACUAAUUCACUCGGCUGAUGGGCCAUGCCUGA